UUUGUAUGUUUCCGUUAGUGAAAUGGCUUCUGUUUUGGUUCUGGGUCACAGUUUUGUUAGACGUUUAGAUGAUACAUUGUCGGGUUCAUGGACGAAUCUUGGAUUCGACCCGGACAAAGUUCAGAUAACUUGUGUUGGAAAAAGUGGAGGUAGACUUCGUCACAUGUAUGCUAGAUGGAUAUCUAACAUUAUACAGGACGUUAAACCUUCAGUAGUGUUACUCCAGAUUGGAGGAAACGACCUAGAUCGUUUUGACUUUGAUACGGUGAAGGACACAAUAGUGACCGACCUAAUUUCUAUAGCCGAGUGGUUGUUGGCGGGAUUCCGAGUACAACAAGUUGGCUUUAUGCAGUUGUUUUAUAGACAGUCUACAAGAUCUAUGCCGGUACAUAUUUAUAAUGAACAUGUUGACUUUGUUAAUAAUGCUCUUAAACAGCGGUGUGUUGGUUCGACUGACUAUUUUUAUUGGAGACACAAAGGUCUAAAAGAUGGCGUGUUCGAAGAUUUGUGUAGAGAUGGUGUUCAUUUAUCUGCUAAUGGUAUGCGCAAGUACAGUUACUCUGUGCGGGGAGCCGCCCUGCAGGGCCUACGAUUGGCUGCUGCUUCCACGUGAUACACUUCCAUUUCCCGAUAAGGUAAUGUCAUGCAUAUUCAUUACUUAGUGUCGGGGCUGAAUAUUAUGGGAUUAACAGUAUUGUUGUCUUGCCCAUGCGCAGAAUCAUGUUUUGUAUUUCCGCCCAACUUGAGGCUGGCUACACGCGUGUUAAUUGAAGACCGUGUGUGUAUACUUUGGCUCUUUUCUUAUAUAAGCUGUCUUCCAAAUGUAAGUCUUAAUGACUUUCCUUUUCGUUGAUGCAGUAUUAUUUUCAUUUCAUUUUGUCUGGCACAUGAUCUUAUUUACGAUUAUAGUGUUUUUGUUGUUAUGACACGUGUGUACAUGUAACAUGAGACACGCCACGACACGUGGACAAUCGCUGUAAUGGAACAGUUGAAUUCCUAUAAUAUGUACACUGUCGUCUGUUACCUUACUUUCUAAGUAAGUGUGUUGGGUUUAUUUAAAGAUAAUGCACAGCUAUGUCCAACAUCCCGACUUUUGUCUGGGUUUUGUACAUGUUUCAAUGUUUUGUACACUAGUAAAUAUAGGCCUAUAUCUAGGUCACGUUUGUUUACAUGUGAGUUCACAUGUUUUGUGUUGACACUAAGUCUAUGUUCAAAUUGUUGACGCGUGUUUUGUGUACAAGUGAGUUCACUUGUGUUUUGACUCUGUUCCGUUAUGGGUUUUUGCGUGUUACGCAAAUUCCUACACAUGUGAGUUCACAUGAUUGUUGACAGAGUCGACGCCUGUGAUAACAGGCACACGCACAGUGUUAUAAAUGAUGUAUUCAAGUUUUCUUGGUCAGAAGGUUAGCCUUUUUCCUAUUUUCAAAAAAUUGUAGCUUGGCUAGCCAGGGUCUGUUGUAAUGUUAAUUGAUUUGAAGACAGAACUUUUACUAGUAGUUUAAUUGUGUUACAUAGUAGCUAUAUGGUGUGAUGGAUAAUUUCUAAUUCAGAAUUAUAUGGCUAUUGUGUCUUGAGUUCUAGGCACUAAAUUUCUUUACCUUUAGCAAUACAUCAGUAUAAUUUGAUAUAUAUCAUCGCAUAUAUAUUCACAUUAACAGAUUGGAUAUGUUAGUUUCACACCAUUUUUAUAGCAGUCUAUAAAAAAAAAAAAAAAAAAAAAAAAGACAAAGCGUACGGUUUGUACCACAGAUACUUUCUAUGCUCCUCGUUUUCAGAACAUGUGGCAGGACCAAUCCGCAGAACCCGGAGAAGGGCUGCAUUACAACAUAGUCUCGUGGGCAGUAGGACAAGACAUACAGAAUCGUCUGCUCCUCCUGUCCAAAUUUUGCCAACCGCAAAUGAAAAUGCUCAGGAUGUUUCAAUGGUGACAGGCCAUGUUAACCCGUCGCCCAACAAUACAACACAGACAGAGGCUAAUUUGGCUAAUGCCUUGCCAGUUCAACCUCCCACACCGGUCAACAUGUCCUCUGCCUUGCCCUCAACACAGGCGAUUGCUGCAGAACUUUUUCGGCAGAUGAAGGAAGAGGGUUACAUGAUGAGGGUCCCUACCGGGGACAAUGUAGCUUCUCAAGCAGACAUAUUAAAUAACAGACUGUCAACAGGAUAUGUCCCCGCUGCAGCUGCAGGGGGUCCAUCAAGUGUACCUACAGACCCCAUCAGAAUGGCAAUGCAACAAGAGGGAUCAAUGCAUAUGGACAGUUCCAGUUUUCAAAGUGACACACAACAGAGAAGGCCUGGACAAUUUCGGUCAGACAAUCAAUUUCAAAUGCCAAUUUCUGCAGCUCUAGCAAAUAUAACUGGUGGACUUAUUCCGGCAGGUGGCUCCUUACAUGGAACAACACCCAACACCAAUUCCGGGUCACCUUCUGAAAAUUUGAGCAGGUCAUUGGUACAUCUGUUGUCAAAAUCAACAUCACCACAAACAAGGCGUACAUACAACAGAGCGUACCAGUUGUUACAACAGUUCCUGGUAAAUACCAAUCAAGCUCUUCCUAUUAUACCUACUAAUGUUGGUACAAUAGCCUAUUUUGUCACCCAUUUAUAUGAAAUCGGUCUAGCCUCUUCUACGAUUUCUACUUACAUGGCUGCUAUAGGAUAUCUGAAUAAGCUUGCUGGUGGUUCUGAUCCUACUCAGUCAUUCAUCAUUAAAAAGCUACUAACGGGGGUACAACGUGUCUCAUCACGGUCUGACAGUCGUCUACCUAUUACCCCAGGCAUUUUAUCUAAGUUAGUGGCAUCACUGCCACAUGUUUGUCAAACAAAUUAUCAAAUACACCUCCUUAGGGCUAUGUUCCUCCUGGCAUUCCAUGCAUUGCUUCGCGUUGGGGAAAUGACCUUAAAUAAGUCAGCAUCUCAUGUAAUCCAGUUGCAGGAUGCUAAGUUCUUAUAUAAUCCCAAUGGCUGUCCCUCCGAACUUGAAAUUACGUUUCGAUCAUUUAAAGGACACUAUAACAUCCGUCCUAUUACACUAUCGAUACAAUGUAAACCAGCUAAUGCUGCCACUUGCCCAGUCGUUGCUCUUCAUGAAUAUUUAAAGCUUCGUGGUCAGGCGGAAGGGCCACUCUUUUGUUUUCCAAACUGUGUACCAGUCACAUACUCUUACUUUAGUAAUUGUCUGCAGAGCUCUCUAGCUUGGGCUGGCUUAGCCCAUCUUCCUUAUUCCAGCCACAGUUUUAGAAUAGGGGCAGCCAGUUAUGCUGCUGCUAUGGGUUUGCCAGAUGAAGAAAUACAACAUAUGGGCAGGUGGCAUUCAUUGGCUUUUAAAAGGUACAUUAGAAUGCCAACUUUUUAUGACUUGUGAUCAAUUAGUGUGUGCAAGCUGCUGGGCAUAGGGUCGAGUAGCAAGGGUCGAGAAGUGAUUGUAAUAAUCCAAAGGCCAAGUUUUUGUUAUUAAUUGUGUAAUCAUACAUUUUCCUUCUGGGCAUUGGGUCGGGAAGGCUUAAUGUUUUGUGGUAGCUAGGUAUUUGUACCAACUCAAGUCUAAUCUUAUAGAUUAGAUAUUAAAAAAUGUACUUAAAUUUGAUUGUGUGCCUGUCCCUUCUAGGCAUAGGGUCGAGAAGGUGGUAGGUACAAUUGUAUAGAUACAUUGUUUGUAUCUCGGAUUUAUGUUAGUUUGUAUUUUAUUGGUUUUUUCUUACCAAUUUUUGUAAUAUUGGCCACUUGGUCUUUUUUGUAUUGUCCCUUUCUUCGGGUCAUGUAACCAAAAUGGUUAGAAUUUUCCUAAGGCAGACAAAUAUGUGCUGCAACUGAAAUGGUCUUCUUAAGUGCUCCGCACUUAACGCACAUUUAUCUCCUUAUCUUCAGGCAUAGGGUCUGGAUUAUACUACUCUACAUAUUUUAAGAAAAAUAUAUGUUCAGCUGCUUAAUUUUGAAGCUUGCUUCGUUGGUGUUAAUAUCCAUCUACUUCUGGGCAUAGGGUCAGGAAGUGAUGGAUAUAUUUUUUAUCCUAUUAUGAUAAAGAGAUGAUAACAAUAUGCAAUCUAACCCUCAGUUGUAUCAACUGCUAGUCGAUUUUGUAGUCUUAUGUUUUAUAUUACCGAAAACAUUUAAUUCCUUGGUUAUAAGGUUAAGGCUAACCAUCAGGGCUGCGGAUGGGGGAUGAUUUCUGUAACACCAAUAUUACAGGUUUAUGUACAUGUGUUUACAGAAAUCAUUGUGGCGGGUUUUGACCCCCAUCUAAGACUUUUAAGGAAAGAAUUGUUAUCUAUGAUGUUAUAUUCUUAACAUCCGUCGUUUAAUAUAAUAAACGGCCAUUUUCAAUUCAACAUUAAUUGUCUUUGUUCUUAUUUAAUUUGCUUGUAAAAGUCUUACAAGCUUGCCUUGAUGGUUGCCCUGUAUAAAUACUAAUUAAAACUUGUUUUAAUGUAAUUUAUGCAGGCAAACUAAUAGUAUUAUAAAUCAAGUUGAUCAUAUUGAUAUGGAAGGAGGCAUGUUUGAGGGAUGUGUGAAGAGGUCAAGCUUCAUCAGUGUCGCGCAUUAAUUUGUCGCUAUUUUUAGACUGCUAUAUAUAUAAACCGAUGACGCAGUUGUUUACACACAGAAGCUGAAGAAAACAUGGCGGAACAAGGUGCGUACGGUCAAGGCCAACCUAUUUUAUUGUACUUUUGCACCAAGUAUUUUAACUACUUUGACUAAGUUCUAUUUUGCCCACCACCUUCCCCUUACUGCCUCCUUUCCGAAGUUGUCAAUACCAUAUUAUGAUUUUAAUAGGUAUUUAACGAACAUCAAUUAUCAUUUUAAACCUAUGUUAGUAUGUGUCGUAUGAUUGUAAAUUGUGAAUUCUGCAGAGAUAAUCUCUGUAGAAUCUCUUGUAUAUCUGUAUGAUAACUAUAAAAUUGUAUGUAUACAUGUACUUGAUGAAGCUGGUUUUGACCCAUUUUAGACUUUUUAACUCAUAUGUCUAUAUCCAUAUGAGAACUUAAUUUUUAAGUAUACUUGUACUUGAUGGGGUUUUGACCCCCAUCUAAGACUUUUAAGGAAAGAAUUGUUAUCUAUGAUGUUAUAUUCUUAACAUCCGUCGUUUAAUAUAAUAAACGGCCAUUUUCAAUUCAA